UGCUGGAACAACAUCUCUCCCAGACAACAUCGUCGAAAUGAACUCGCGGAGGCCAUCAAAGCAAGUAUCAUGCAGCCGCUGUCAGUCAAAAAAGAUUCGAUGUAACAGGGUCGAUCCUCGAUGCGACAAGUGCGAAGCUUCCGGUGCGGAAUGUAUAUACUUGUCGAGAAAACCACGGGCUAAGAAGCGAAGUCAUGUCACUGAAGCCUACAACCACAACAUUCUACUCGGUAUACUUCGCCGCCUAGAGCGUUUGGAGGACCAUUGUAGACUGGAUCGAGAUGCAGAGGAUACCAGAGAUGCAUAUCCCUCAUCAAUGUCUGUUUUUUCCGGAGACUCGGACAUCACGGGACCCAACAAUGACGAGUCUCAUACUCCAGCCACGCGAGGAGUGGUUGCUGCAGUGCUGAGCCGAAUCAAUGACCAAGAGUCUAGAUCAUUCAUCUGUUCUAACGUUUUCAACCACCUAGCGCAUGUGAAAUCUCGCUUUUUUGAAAACGAACGCUGCAUCGAAGCGAUCGAUGCUGCAAUGACAGAGAUGGAUCGCGUGCAGGAUACACAUGCAGAAGGUCAGCCUGCAUCUGGGAUUUCUAAGGAGUUGGCUAAGAAAUGGAUACACCAGUACUAUAAUGGAUAUGAGUUCGAGGGAUUCCGGGUUCCCUUGGAGGAAAAUUUUGUUAUGGCUAUCCCGGACUUACUGGAAAUUUCUCACGUUCAGUUAGAUUACGCAUCCCAAAUCAUUUACUACAACGUUCUUCUCCAAGGGCUUAUGCUGAGUAUUGAUGAUUGCCCGGGAAGAGGGGGCAUUGUGCAAUAUCUCUACAAUACCUCCAUGACGUUGGUUGAUGGCUGGCUGGAUAAUGUCAAGAAUACACCCGCGGACCUGUAUGCAGCGAUCCUCAUGUUAUCGAUGAUGCUCGAGGGUUGUAACAGCGAACUUUCAUGGAAGCUUUUCGGCCAAGCCUGCGCAAUCGCGAGGGCUCUAGGUUAUUUCUCCGUUGAUGAGACCCCCAAUAGACAAACUUUUAACCCCACAGAAGGUGAUACUGAAGUAGAAAAGAAUCGGAAGCGAUUCGAAUUCUGGCACCUACUGCGAACAGACUGUCUUUUCCGUCUGUCCUUUGGGAAGCCGGCCUGCAUUCCGGAAGGCUCGUGGACAGUAAACCUGCCUGAUCCUUCUAUCAAUGGGGUUGAAAAUGAGGCCACGCGGUUUAUUCAGAUUCAUUUUCUGGCAUCGAUGCGUCUGAACUUGGUCGCGCUCAAAUAUUUGGAAUUGGUGGACUCUAAGCCCAAUCCAAAUACGGAAGAAUAUGACAAGAUAAUCGAUAACCUUACUGCAGAAGUACAGUCCCUCAUGUCCGAUUGGAACACGGAGGAAUUAUCCAGCACGACCACUAACCACAUAGAUACGUGGUUUUGCAUGGAUGUCCUGUUCAGCAGUUACCAGAUGCUUAUCAUUUUCUACCAAUCGAAGAAGUGCAACCAGGGCAGCGAUGAAUUACCGCGUCACACCGUGGACAUUGCCAGGAAGUCUCUGCAGACAUUUCAGUCCCUCCUAGUUUCGGCUCAUAAACACGCGCACUUUGGAAUUAGUCUCAUCUUGCUUCACCAAUUUGUUCCGUUCUUUAUCCUGUGCCUCAAUAUAAUUGGAUCCCCUGAACGUGGCAGUGCCGAAGCGGAUAUUGCCUUGGUGGUCUGGACUAGUGAUACUGUCAAGAAGGCUGCCAAGGAGCGAGGGGACCUGAGACCGAUUAUGACCCUGAUGGCAGCGAUGGCAUUGGCUUGUCAACGAGCAAAAUCGGGUGGGAAUUGACCUGCUGGCCGGUAUUCAUCGGCGGACAAGAAGAACAUGCCAUUACAUGCGAGACUAGCUCGAAAAUACUCAUAAAUAAUCUUGUGUCUAUGAAACGAAUCACUUCUUGAUGUAGAAUAACCCAG